CCAAUUAAUCAUUUGGUUCUUCUACAACGAAAACCCUAAUUCUUCCCCUCUUCAGUAAUCGUCUCCAAUUUGGCAAUUUUCCCACUUACCGAAGAAUUUUGAAACUUCAAAAUUCGCUAACCUUUGAGGAAAAGACCGUAUUUAUCCCCUCGAAGUUGAACAGAUCAGAAUUGUUGGCUUCUUUUUAGAGGCAUUUACGCAAACACUUAGUGCAUUCAUCUUGGUUGAUCCAUAGAAGAUGGGAAGACGCAAAAAUUCUUUGGCUGAUUCUAAAGAUCGAGAAGGUUGCAAAAGUUCUUCGGCUGAUAAGCCUCCUAAAGAUCGAGAAGGUUCAUGGAAAAAGAUUUUUGAAGGACUCGCUAACUUGGUACAAGACCAACAGCGACAGCUUGAGUCCCUCCUAAAAGAAAGAAAAUCCCUCGAAAAAAGAAUCAGAUCGCAGCACGAUAGAUGGGUCUUCGACGUUAAGCUAUUAGAAGAUUAUAUUUCCCAGAUGAAGAGAGGCUCAAAAAUUAAAGAUAUGGCUCGUGCUGUUGAGGCUGCAAAGGCAAAUUUGAUCAUAUCUAUGAAGCAAAAAGAAGCAAUAAUGCACAAAUUAAAAUUUGAAGAUGCAGAAGAUGAACGAGCUGAUCUAAAACUUCUCUUUGAUGAACUUUCUCGAUUUCUACAUGAGCCAAAACAUCUAACAAGAAGCAACAGCAAGAAUAUUGAUGAGUCUGCACUGAAAGCAGAGAGGGAUUUUGCAUGGAAUCAGUUCAAGAAAACCGAUGCCCAAUUGCAAGAACAUGUUAAGAAAACCAAAUCUGAAGUUGAAGCUGCGAAUGAUAGAAUACAGAAACUGAUCUCUGAAUUGGAGCAAUCACAGUCAUUAAACAUAGAAAAGAACAGAACGAUUUCAUCCUUACAAGAUGACAUGGCUGAGUUGGAAUCUGAUUCAAGAAAAAAGAGUGAAGAAAUUUCAAGACUCACAAAAGAACUGGAGUUGUUACGUGGUGAUUCUAAUAAUAAUACCAAUAAUCGUUCUAAGCUUUCUAUUACACCUGUAUUGCGUAGAUGCACAGUGGAAUCAGGAGGCAUGUCUAGUCGUUCAAGUGACAUUGUCAAUGAGAAGGGAGAGAGGAGAAGUUCUAAGAGAAAAGGAGGUGACACUGAACCAAGGCUGUUUACAUCAAGAUUUAAAGUUCCAAAGUUGAAGCACAUGUCCACAUAGUGAAUUAGAGGGCAUAAGUUGUAUGUAUGUAUGCUUGGUCAAGUUAGUAACUUUACCAGUUACUCUGUUAGUUAAAUAGUUACCAUGUUUUAAGGUUAGAAGUGUGUAAAAUUGUAGGCUCAU